ACAGCCGCUCCCCUGUUAGAGCCCCGGGACCUUUUGAAUUUUCAUUUCUUUUUGAUCAGCAUGGAGAGCUCGUCAGCACAGCUGAUCAUGGAGACUGAAGGCCGCAAACGCACUCCAGCAUGGAGUACACAGGAGGUGGUGGAUCUUAUUGCUGUGUGGUGAGAAGAGUCUGUGCAGGCAGAGUUCCGAUCCAGCAGAAGAAAUGCGGACACCUAUGAAAAGAUCGCAUGGGGGAGAAGGGUUACACCAGGGACACACAGCGGUGCUGUGUGAAAAUCCAGGCGCUUUGGCAAGCAUACCAGAAGACAAGGGAGGCGAAUAGUCAUUCUAGUUGUGCCCCACAGACAUAUUGCUUUUAUGAACAGCUGCAUGUGAUUCUCGGCAGUGACCCCAUCACUACCCCAAAACGCUCCAUGGAUACUUCUCAGGAGCCCCAGGUGACCUCGAGCAACAACGAGGAGGACAUCAUUGAUGAGGAGGAGAAGAAGGAGGAGAAUGUGAGGCAGGCAAACGGAGGAUCCAUUCUCCCCGACAGCCAAGAACUGUUUUUAACCCUGGAGCCCAUCCCUUCACAGGACCAGUUGACGGUGGAGCGUGAUGCCAGGGAAGGCAUCUCUGCAGAAAACUUGUCCGUCGGCGCAUCCUCCACACCAGGACAGAGACUUUCACAGAUUAGAAGGUGGAUAAAGAAGACUCAGGAGGACAUGUUCGGUGAGUUAAUGCAUGCCUCAGAGAGUGACAAGACAGAGCUCAGAGCAUGGAGGAUUACACUGUCCAAGAACAUGGACAGAAGGACAGGAGAGUAUGCAGGGAACAAGAACAUGCCAUGUAGGAAGAGAUGCUGCAGAUUAUGAAGGAACAAUCAGACAUGUUGAGGUUCAAGAAAGGCAGCUGUAUGCUAGAGUCCUUUUGCAGCCGAUGAUGAACCUGCUGCCAUUAUCACCCAGUUCUACAUCCUCCUCCCCCAAACGUCUUAUGAGGCCGGGGGGCAGUUCGGUAUCCCUUGCACUCAGCACCACGGGAGGGUACAAAGACCAGA